GUUCCCAAGUCAGGACGGACGGUCGUGAAAUUUUCUAAGAGCCUGCGUAUCAUCCACCACACUCUGCCAGAGUAUCAAAGCUCUUCUCAUAAAAGAGUCCGUACGUCUUCUUCUACUUUACGCUGCUUGUUCUCUCACAGAGGGCGAAACAAACGAAGGAGAAGAAGCGACAGCCAAACGAUCUAAGUCUAACGACGCGAGUCUCUCUCUCAAUUUCUCAAUUGGAAUCUUCAAGAAGCUUCUCCGUCUCUCUCUUGAUUUCUCAGUAGUUUGGGUUGAAGGGUGGUCGAUGCCUUUUUUUCAGUGAACGAUGUGGAGAAAGGGCAUUUCACAUCAUAGUUUGGCAGAAGCUGAAUUUCUGCUGCCGGAUCAAGUGAAGUUUGAACAACCGAAUCCCAAAGAGCCAUAUACCAGGGUAUACAAAAGGGCAAAAAACUGCAAUGGUGAAAAGGAUUUUCGUAAUGUGGCUCUGGUAGCAGGUGUGUGCAGUGAUAUUGCAAACAAAGAAAUAAGGUCUCACUCCAAUGUAAAGGACUAUUCAGAUCCAUCCACUUUACGCAGUCUACUGGAAGGAGUGGACAACAGUGUGUAUGGAAGUGUUACCAAAGAAAUUGAAGACAUCCAUACUCAAUGGAUGUCAGUUUCAGCUUUGUGUCUGGCUCCAGUAUCUCAGCCUUCUACAGCCAGAUUAAAUGGUGACCUCCCAUUAUUGGGGCGGAGGGAGGCGGACCUAGUGUUAACAAAUCAGCAAAAUAGCCAAUCCAUCUUUCCAGGUAUAAUUGACUUGGACGUUGAUUUAUCUGCAAAUAAUGAAGUUUUGGCUGUAGAAAAUCUCAAACAUCACAAAUCAUCUUCAGAAGACCAGCAGAAAUGUGUUGGUGGAAGUUCUGCAUAUGUGCCUGGUUACCGUAGCUCCACAAGUCAAGGCAAAAUAUCAGAUAUUUCAUGUGACAUUCCUGAACUUUCGUUGUAUAAAAAAGGGACGGAUAAAACAUCCAUUGUUAUUAUCGAAUCAGAUGAAGAAGAUGGUGUUGGUCAGAUUAUGACUACGCAUGUUUCCAGUGCUAAACUUGAGCCAUGCAAUUCGGAAGUGUGGUUGGGGUCUCAAAGUGAAAACUUCUAUAAUAUAGAGAAAGAAAUGAGUCGGGGAAACAUUGAGCUUGGGUUCUCUAUGAUGGAUAGCAGCGUUACUAUUGAAGCGAACAAGCAGUCUUCUUAUCUAUAUCAGAAGGUUGUCUUGAGUGCCAUUGAUGAAAAUCCAAUUCAUGACGUAGUGGCAACUGAUGCAGCCCUGAAUGGAUUAAAUUCUCAACCCGCCCAGAGUUGCAGCAACGGGAUCGAGUUAACACGGAAGCGAAGGAAAACCAAGACUAAAAUACAUGCUUUUCACAAGAAAGCUCAGCGUGGAUUGCACGUACCCAAAAAAGCUAAACAAGAAGGGGUUGGACAUUCCACUGAGAGUAAAUUUGAAAGAGAAGAAGACAGAACAAAUUGUAAUGAAACAAAUUCUAAUGCUAAACAAGAAGAUGAUGAAAGAAAUGGUGAUGAAACAGCGCCAGAAGAGGCAGCACAAGCAGGGUUUGAUUCUUAUUCUCUCUUACAAGAUGAUUUUUUGACCAUGAAGAGCUUUCAUAAAGGCGAUAUGGAAAAUGAUGGCCUCGCAAAUAUUUGGAAUGAAAUGACUCUAGCUUUAGAGUAUUCUAAGGAUGCGGCUGCAGAUGGUUCAGUUCCUGUACAAGAAGGAGAAGAAUGUGAUCAUUCAUGUUUUCUGAAAGAUGAUUUGGGCUAUGUUUGCCGUAUAUGUGGAGUUAUCCAGAAAAGCAUAGAGACUAUAUUUGACUACCAGUGGAUUAAGGGUUCAAAGAGUACAAGGACAUACAUGUCCAACUCUCGAAGUAUCAGGGAUGCUGAUGGAGCUGCAUCAAAUCUGUUUUCUGGACAUUCUGAUCACGAUCUUACAGUGACGGAAAUCACUGUUCAUCCCAGGCAUAUGAAGCAAAUGAAGCCCCAUCAGUUAGAGGGUUUUAAUUUCUUGUUAAGGAACUUAAUAACAGAUAAGCCUGGUGGUUGCAUUUUGGCACAUGCCCCAGGAUCCGGAAAGACAUUCAUGAUAAUCAGUUUUAUUCAGAGCUUUUUGGCUAAGUAUCCCCACGCUCGACCACUGAUUGUACUCCCUAAGGGAAUUCUUCCCACUUGGAAGAAGGAGUUCCAGAGAUGGCAAGUCGAGAACAUCCCUUUACUUGACUUCUACUCUUCAAAGGCCGAUAACAGGUCCCAGCAGCUAGUGGUAUUAAAUAAUUGGGUUGAAAAAAAGAGCAUCCUUUUUCUAGGUUACAAGCAGUUCUCGAACAUCAUCUGUGACUGCAAAAGCAGCAAGACAGAAGCGGCUUGUCGGGAAAUGUUGCUGAAGGUCCCUAGCCUUCUUAUUCUAGAUGAAGGUCACACACCUAGGAACGAUAACACAGAUGUACAACAUUCCCUUUCUAAGGUGCAAACACCUCGCAAGGUAGUGUUAUCCGGGACGCUAUUCCAAAAUCAUGUCCAGGAAGUAUUCAACAUCCUGAACCUCGUGCGGCCGAAGUUUUUGAAGUUGGAAGAUUCUCGAGCUGUCGUGAGGCGUGUGCUGAGCAGAGUGCAUAUAUCAGGCGGGAGCAGGAGGCAGUGUAGAACUGGUGUGGAUACGACCUUUUUUGAUCUGGUCGAAGAGACGCUCCAGAACGAUGAUGAUUUCAAAACAAGGAUUUCAGUAAUUCAGGACCUCCGGGAAAUGACGAAAAAUGUGCUUCAUUAUUACAAAGGAGACUUCUUGGAGGAACUGCCUGGACUGGUCGACUUCACUGUGCUUCUAAAUCUCUCGACCAAGCAGAAAAAUUCCAUUGAAAGAUUGACAAAGUUGGAUAAGUUCAAGAGGAGAGCUGUGACGAGCGCUGUCUAUAUUCACCCGCACUUGAAGGAAAUUUCGGAGAAUGUGGAGGGAGGCGAGAAGGGGGUCGUCCUCAGUGAUGAGAAGAUAGAUAAGGUGGUAGAGAAAGUGGAAGUGAAGGAUGGAGUGAAGACGAAAUUCUUUCUCAAUAUUUUGGGCCUGUCUGUAUCUUCUGGAGAGAAGCUUUUGGUGUUCAGUCAGUAUCUUCUCCCGCUGAAGUUUUUGGAGAGAUUGCUUGUCAGAGUAAAGGGCUGGAGUCCUGGGAAGGAAAUCUUUAUGAUCUCUGGUGACUCGAUGACCGAGCACCGUGAGUGGUCAAUGGAGCAAUUUAACAACUCGCCUGAUGCUAAGGUUCUCUUUGGCUCCAUCAAGGCCUGCGGAGAAGGCAUAUCCCUGGUGGGUGCGUCUCGGGUGCUGAUUUUGGAUGUACAUUUGAACCCAUCAGUUACCCGCCAAGCAAUUGGACGUGCGUUUCGGCCAGGCCAACUGAAGAAAGUUUACACGUACAGGUUGGUUGCUGCCGACUCCCAAGAAGAGGAAGACCAACGUACUUGUUCUAGGAAGGAGUUGAUUUCGAAGAUGUGGUUUGAAUGGAGUGAACUUUGCAACAGCAGUGACUUUGAUAUGGAAGAGAUUGAUGUGAAAAGCUGUGAAGACUCGUUCUUUGAAAGCUCAUUUUUAGGAGAAGAUGUGAAGCUUCUUUACAGAAAGUGAAUCCACUCAUGGGCUGAUGCAGCAGAACAUUAGCUGAUAACUGCAUAUCCUUCAACAAUCCUACUCACAGCAGGCUAAUUCUCAGGACUAGCAAGGCCAUAUUUGCAGAUGAGAGCUGAAGCUGCUGUUUUUUGCUUGUUUUGCAAUGACUGGGUGGUUGUUCCCAGUCUAUGUAGAUGCGGCAACUGAACACCGUAAGCAUGUUGUGCCUGUACAGCUGUCUUUAAAUUUGCUGGUCUUUUCUCAUACAUUAAUGUGUUGAUGCAUUUUGUCCUUGCCACUUUUUCUUCGAUGGUAGGUGGUGCAAAAGCUGUAUAGUGUACAUAGCUUAGUGUGGAACUUGGCCUAUCCAGUAAUUUGUUUUGAGCGCUUACCUUGGAGUCCUUUAAGAGCUGCUCGCUGUAAAGCAGUACACCUGUUAUCUAUUAGUUUCCAGUUGAAAAACUCUUGCUUUGAUUUUUGACACAUUUUCCAGAUAAGAGAACAAGUCAUCAAUCAUAUCAUCUUUAUGAGGAA